AGCGUUCACGCAGCGCUGCAGCUUUUAACACCCGGAGAUGCGCCGAGGUGUCGCAGUCGCACCUCCUGAUUGGUUGGAGGUGUUUGCGUGAAAGACUUUGUUCUGCUCUCUCUGAGCUGCAGGCCUCCGGUUUCCACUUUCCACCAGCAGCUGAGGAGCGCGGAGAGAGAGGGCAGUUAGUCCGGCCCACGCACGCCGCUCACCGCAGCAGCGCUGACUCACCAGACUCUGCACAACUUUCAUACUUCUGAUCUCUGUUGGGAGCUCAGCCGCUCCCCAUCGCUCCUCUUUGCCUGACGCUAAAGUCUCCCCUCGCAAAGACCCGAGGUCCGUCUUCUUCUCAGAGGAGGACACCUGCAGAUCGGCCCUCAGGAGGUGAUUGGGUACGGCGAUGACGGAGGAGUGACGGAGGCGCUCAGACACCGGAUCAGCUCAUCAGAGAGGACAGACGGGCGUGAAAGAGACGGAGAAAAGUCCUCAGACAUGACGGAUGUUUGCUUACAGUAGUCGCCUCAUGAGGAGCAGAGAGCAGCUGCAGGCCCCAAAACGUCUCCGAUCCUCUGCCCAGCAUUCCACCGCCGCUCCCUCUGCCGCCGCCGCGUGUUCUCGGGUGUAGAUAAACCAUGGACUUCUCCUGGUUCCUCCUCCUCGUGUCGGCCGCCGUCUUCGUCUCCAUCGUCCUCCUGGCCGUCAUCUGUUUGGACUGCAGGAACAAAGGUCCACUGCGGUCCAUCCAACAAACAGCUUCAGAAGACUACACAUCACCUGAAUUCAGAGUCAUCCAUGCAGCUCCUCUCUCCAUGCCGACUUCCAGAAGCCUUGCGAGCGGCAGCAUCAGCGUUGCCCAGCCGACCCUACCCCCGAACCCCGUCAUCAUUACAACCCCUCCACCUGACCCCCACCUGCGGCUUCCUUUUUCAUCCAAACCUGAGCACAGACCUUACACCCCAACAGAAACUGAGAGCAACCCGAGUUAUGAGAAUCCAGAACCUGAGAAGGACGUUGACGAUCAUGAUAAUUACAUAGAGGUGUUACCCGACAAUCCGGAGGAGAGCAAACGAGUCCCCGCGGACAUCGAGAGCCGAGCCUCGACGCCCAGUUCAGAUCAUAAUUACGUGAACCUCGAUGAAGAAGACGACGACGACGAACCCUAUGAGAACGUGGCACCAAAAGGUAUACUGCACUGCGCACCCGACGCUAUGCUCCAACUGUCCGGUACCUUCCCCCGUCGUGCGACUUAUCAAAGGUCCACUCCAGGUUCAUCCGCUCAGAGCAGCGAAGACGAGUACGAAGAGUCCAACUACGUCAACCAACCUAUGGGACUAGUCAACCACUGACGACCACAUCGAGCGUUCACCUUCCUCCAUAACGACGCCCGACCAGUUUUUUUUGUUUUGUGUUUUUUUUAAGCUGAACGACUGAGAUAAGAAACUGAGAUGAAGACCUGAAACACCUUCCUCCCCACUUCCUGCAGGCUCAGCAGUGUCAGUGUGAUCAGACUGACAUUUGAAACUUCCACUUUGGCCAUCAGAUACCUGGAAACCAGGUAAAUGCCAGCCGUGCUCUGGAGGAAUCCAUCCUGUUCCAGCGGCGUCCUCGGUCCAAACAGGAAGUCAAGUUUUGCUUCUUUGGUUUUGUGUAAAUAUCUGCUGGAGUGUUUUUGGACCUUUACGCUGCAGUUACACUCGGGAACCUGGAGCGGCGCGACUCGACCGGAAAUGACAUGUAAUCUGUUUACGGUGAGGAUUUGUGUUUGUGUGGCGUAUCCGGCCCAAACGUCACUGCUCUGAAACAAAAACUGCAAAAUUACACACUCGGCAAUAAAAGCAGAAUACAACCGGCCGAGCGUCCCUGCGGCAGACGAGCCCGAUCAUCGCGCCAGCCCGUCACAGCGACCGCAGACGGCCUCACGCCAGCCGAUCUCUGCCGUCACCUUAUUUAAAUAAAUGAAAGUAAUAACCGGCAGUCAGAUUUCGUUUCCUCCUUAGUGGGUAGACUGCCGUCCCAUUUUCAAACCUGCUCCCCCUACAGGCUGGAACCGGAACAGGAAGUCGCUGUGCAGGUUUCCCCGAGCGUCACCAUAGAGACACCAUAGAGUAUUUAUAAGUCACGAAGGUGGGAACACUAAAUUAGGAUCCUGUUAUUCGCUUUUGUAGCAGCGACAAAUCCAGCAGUGCGAGGAGGCGUCAGAUCAGUUUCUCUCCAGUGACUCUGACUCACAGGUUUCUCUCUUUAAAUAUUUGACUUGAAUACGUUAGGUUUUAUUUCAUUGGUUAACUCUUCCUUUCACACGCCUCGCGUCAUGAGGGGCGACAUGUUUGAGCUUUACUUUGAUGACACCUCCUGAGAACGUUCUCAUCCAUCCAGUGUUUUUCAUGUAUUUAUGUGCAGUUGCUGUUUGCUGUCGUCUCUGGGCCUGUAAAAACCUGAGUGUGAGAACAAAUGUUUUUUAAAGAACUACAAAUUAAAUGUUUUAAAGAA